AAAGUUGAAGAAGAAAAAGAAAACGAGUAUUUUUGAGUGUUUUUUUUUUCUUUUGGUGUGAAGCUGGGGUGGAUGGUGUGCUAAUAUCAUCUCGUGUUUAACAUUUACCAGAAUUCAUAUAAAGAGGUAUAUUUCCUUAGGAAAAUGGAUCGUUUAAUUGAGAGUCCUCUUGAAAGUUUUGAGAAUGAAACUGAUCCCAAUGAGUCAAGGAAUGUUGGUUCAGUAACAAAGGAGAAUGAAGGAAAUGAAGUAAAAAAAACAAAAAGAGUUAAAAAGAUCACUAAGAAUGAUAUUGAUCUGAAGAGCUCAAAAUAUCGGGGUGUUACCAAGUUGAGUAAUAAUCGCUAUGAAGCAUUUGUUUGGCAGAAUAACAUGAGAAAAGGAGGGAGGGGCAAUAGAGGUUUAAAAAAGAUUUAACUAUUAAUAAUUCUUAUUUAUUUGUUUCUCUCAAACAAAUAUUUAUACUAAUAGUUUUGUGUUCUCUUUUUCAUUUGUACAUUUUCAACUAUCUCAGUUUAUAUUGGUAAGUAGAUUUUUUUUUUACUUUUGUGUAAUAUUUAGUUUUAAAUAGUAAUGUUUAUCAAUUAUCUCUAAUAUAAUCUUUUAAGGAUUGUUUGAGAUUUUUUUUUGGCUAUUUUGCAUGAUAGGGGAAUUUGAAACUGAAAUUGACGCUGCCAAAGCUCACGAUUUAUUUGCUAUUGAAAAAUGGGGAGAAUCUACACUUACAAAUUUUCCUGUGAGUGGUUACUCAAAACAAAUCUCAGAAAUGAAAAGCAUUGGAAUAAUAAGCACCUCAAAGAAGGCCUUGACUAAUUACAUGGGUGUGUCCAGAGUGAAUGGUGAUAAAUGGGAGGCAAGAUUGGAAAAAGGAAAUGGGAGGCCAAGCCAUUACUUGGGAAUAUUUGACACUGAAGAAAAAGCUGCUAGAGCAUAUGAUGCAGCAACAAGAAGAUUGAAUAGAGAUGAAGCAUAUACCAAAUUUGAUCCUGAUAAUGGUAAUGAAGAUAACUCAGAAAGCAAGGAGACUAAAAGUACAGUUUCAAAUGAAGAAGCUGUAAUUGUGGAUGAUAAUGAUGUUUUUCAACACAAUGAAGAAUACCAAUAUCACAAAGCACUGCUGCACCAACAUGAUGACAUCGACCCAUCUGCUCCGAUGGUGCUGUAUAAUUUCAUUUAUAAUUCAUUUUAUGUAGUUGGAAAAGAUGGAAUAAUCAAUUCGGGAGAUUCUUCAAACCAAGGAGCGGAAGAUUGAAUGGAUGCUGAAUAGAUACUUUGAAGAUCAUAAAUAUAACAAUGCCUGUGAUAUGGAUGGAACUCAAAUAAGUGAUUUUUACAUAAGUGAUUAUCUUGAUAUGGAUUAUGACAUUUUAAAUGU